UAACUACAUCUGGAAGUUAUUUGGAACAAGAGAAUGCGAGGAAAAUAGCUGAAAAGAUAUAGUGUGAAGAUUGAGGGGGACAGAAAAGCACUAACAAGCAAACAAAUACUUUUACAUUCAUUUUGUUCCCUAAAAAAAGAAAAAGAACAUUUUGGAUCUAUAAGAGGAAUCCUGGAGAGAAAUGAAAGGAGUCUGAAGGAGUAGAAAAGAAAGAAAAAAGAAAGGGAAGCAGCUUGUGAGAAAUAUUGUAUCCCACAAAACUGCAAGACCAAUAUUUAAAGUUCACUUAAGUGUUUGUGAUUUUGUUGCACCUUAUGAAGCGUGAUCACCAAUCAAACUGGAGGAACAGCAUAUGAAUAAAUAAAGUAAGAGCUCAGGAACUUUAUCAUUACGAAACAACAAAAAGACAAUACAAGAACCUUUGGAUUUAGGACAAAGUGAAAACUGAAAUCUAUUCCUGGAAGUUAAUACCUGUCAGUCUCUUUGUGGUCUCCAUCUAAUUAAAGAAUGUCUGUGUCACGAAGUUGCCUCUGCUGUGUGAAGUACCUCAUGUUUGUCUUCAACCUCAUCUUUUGGUUGGGAGGGUGUGGCUUAUUUGGUGUUGGGGUGUGGCUCGCAUUCACACAAUCAGAGUUCUCAUCUCUUCCGCUGUCCUUCCCUUCACUCUCUGCUGCCAACCUAUUGCUUGUUGCUGGAGGUGUCACCAUGGUGACAGGGUUUCUUGGAUGCCUUGGUGCUCUGAAAGAGCAGAGAUGUCUAUUGAUGACAUUUUUUGUGAUCCUCUUGUUCCUAGUCCUGACCGAAGUGACUCUGAUUGUGAUUUUGAGUGUCUAUCAUAAAGAGUUGGACAUGAUAGCGAAGGACAACCUAAAAGAGGGAAUGAAAGACUACAAUUCAAACGAAGGGCUGAAAAAAUCUUGGGACAACAUGCAGAGAAUUUUCAAGUGUUGUGGUGUGAGCAACCAUACUGACUGGCACAACAAUACGUUCAAUGAUGAACCUCCACAUUCAUGCUGCAGGGAUAGUACUGGACCCUGUCAUCGAUGGGAAGAGCCCUGCUAUGAGAAGGCCAAGAACUGGCUCCUUGCUAACAUCACCUCAGUCCUGGGCUUUGGUAUCUGCAUUGGAAUCGUUCAGAUUCUUGCUUUGGUGUUCUCCAUGCUGAUGUACUGCCAAAUCUUACGAGCAGAAAAAUACAUGGACUGAUCCUUCCUUUGCCCCAUUUUUCCAGGGACUCUUUGUAACACAAUUAUGAAUAUGUAAUGAAUGUUUAACCAAAGAUAAACUGGGCAUGAUAUGCAUGUGCACAUAAAUUACAACGGUGCACUUUUACCUAGGUAAAAUCAAAACAAUUAAUGUGUAUUUACAAAAAGAAGAUGAAGGAAUCAUGAUUAUACAGUGAAUGUAUACUGUAGGUGGAGAAUGUAAAUGUAUUAUUGCGCACUUUGUUAAAUACCCUUAUAACUGCUUUAACUUGUGAUCAAGGUGAUUAUCCAAUAACAGAAAUUAGGUGUUUAUAAAUGUUCAAGAGAUGCCACUGCCAAAUUGGUGAUUUGUUUAAAUGAUUUGUUCUACUAUAUUAAUAUAUUCUAAGGUAAUUACAACUGGAUAAGAAUAGAACAACAGCAUCAGAUGUUUGGCAUCAUGUAUUUUGGUAUAAAACGUCACAUAAAAACAACAACAACAAAAAACAUGAAAGUAUAAAAAAGAAAUCCAUCUG